ACGGCCAGUGGACGCAGCACCGGCCAUACAUCAGUGCCGUAUUCAUUAAGAUUCUGUUGCAAAACGUUUCUUAAACGGAAGAAAACGGAACGAAAUGGGGAGUGACCUACCUGAGUUUGUCCAAUAGAAACGAACGUUUUCGUUGCUAAACGCAACUGUUUGCAACUGUUUGGACUAAUGAUUACACCCCACGACUGUCUGCAUGCAUAAGAAUGUACUAAAAACAUACCGGAUUUUUACAUUACAUGAGGGGCUACCACUGACUAACAGAAUCGAUGAUGGAGCCUCCAGAGGAGAAGCCCAUUAUUUACACAAUGGAGAACAAGCCGAUUGUGACAUGCGCUGGGGACCAGGCCUUGUUCACUUCUCUCUACACCCCAUUGGCCCAGCAGCUUCCCAGGGAACCAAUGGAGUGGAGGAGGUCGUAUGGACGAGCACCAAAGAUGAUCCAUUUAGAGGCCAACUUUGUCCAGUUCAAAGAGGAACUCCUCCCUAAAGAGGGAAACAAAGCCCUCCUCACUUUCCCCUUCCUCCAUAUCUACUGGACAGACUGCUGUGACACAGAGGUGUACAAGGCGUCAGUCAGGGACAACAUGAUGAGGUGGCAGGGCAACCUGCGGCUCCACGGGUCAGCUGACUGGGUCAUCGUUGUCGUGGAGACCAGCGACACCAAGAAGAAGAACAAGACCAACAUCCUGCCUCGCUCCUCCUUAGUGGACAAGAUCCGCAACGACUUCUGUAACAAGCAGAAUGACCGUUGUGUGGUUCUGUCAGACCCUCUAAAGGAUUCGUCCAGGUCUCAGGAGUCGUGGAGUACCUUCCUGCUGAAGCUGAGGACUCUACUGCUGAUGUCCUUCACUCAGAACCUGGGACGCUUCGAGGAGGACAUGCGCACACUCCGGGAGAAACGCGAUCAGCCCGGCUGGAGCUUCUGUGAUUACUUCAUGGUACAGGAGGAGUUGGCCUUUGUGUUUGAGAUGCUGCAGCAGUUUGAGGAUGCUCUGCUCCAGUAUGAUGAACUGGACGCGCUCUUCACUCAGUGUGUUCUCAACUUCGGGGCUGGAGACGGGGCCAACUGGCUGGGUUCCUUCUGCUCCCCGGUGAAGAGCUGGACUGGCUUGCUCCUGCGGCGCCCCAUAGACAUGGAGAAGAGAGAUGGGAUCCAGAGCGGGCAGGCUAGCCUGCUGGAGCUACGCAGCUACCUGUUCUGUCGACAGUGUACCCUGCUCAUCUUUCUCCAGAGGCCCUGGGAGGUGACACAAAGAGCCCUGGAGCUGCUGCAUAACUGUGUCCAGGAGCUAUGCCUGCUGGAGGUGUCUAUGCUGGAGGGUGCAUUAGACUGCUGGGUCUUCCUCAGCUGUCUGGAGGUGCUGCACCGGAUAGAAGGCUGCUGUGACCAGGCCCAGCUAGAGGCUAAUGUCUCCCACACUGUGGGCCUGUGGGCCUAUGCUACUGACAAGCUGAAGUCUCUGGGCUAUAUGUGUGGUCUGGUGUCAGAGAAGGGUCCGCUGUCUCUGGAGCUGAACAGAACUGUGGACCUGCUGGCUGGACUGGGGGAUGAGAAGGCUGAGACUGUCCACAGCUUGCAGAGCCCGUAUAAAAAACUGAAGGAGGCCCUGUCUUCUGUGGAGGCGUUUGAGAGACAUUAUCUUGAGUUGUCCCAUGCUGCUGUGGAGAUGUACAGGGCCAUCGGCAGGAUGAGGUCAGCACGGCUCGUUGGGAUGAGCCUGGCUGAGUUCUACAUGAGGAAGGGUAAUCCUGAGCAGGCGGAGAGCUUCUUGCAGAAUGCUCUGAGGUCAUACGUGUCAGAGGGGUGGAGCCUACCUGUAACUCACACCAGGAAGCAGAUGGCUGAGUGCCAGAAACUGCUGGGGAAGACAGAGAACUACCUGCAGACAAGUGCCUUGUUGGCAGGUGAUGCCAAUCUGACCAAUGAGGAGAGGAUUCACUUCUGUCAGGAGAUCCUGACUUUCGCCAACCAAUCAACAGACAGCAAGGCCCAGAAGGUGGCGCUCAGUAUGAGUUCUUUCGCCCAGCUCAAGCAGCUGCAGUUCCGCCCGGCAACAGCCACGGUACACUCUGGCACCGCCCUGCAGGUGGAGUUGUGUCUGCGCAGCUUGAUGCCUGUGGCCAUGCCUCUGGAGCAGCUGGCUGCCAGUGUUCACUUAAACCUGGAGCAAGGAGAGACUAUCGGGAAGACCAGGGGGCCACCGAGACGGCCAUACCCAGGGACGGUGCUUUUCACCCUGGGUAACUCCUCAGCGAUGCACCCAUCCGCUGCUGGUCCUUCUCUGGAGCUGGAAGAGAUCCAGGACCGCAGCCCCUCGGACCCUCGUACACUCAACUCCACCGGCAUGGUGUGUAAGAACACACACCUGGUCAUGCGUCGUCAUGACAGCAGCCCGUCACCGGACACGCCCAACCUUGUCAGCCCAGUUCCUGUUGUCAUGGAUGACGGGGCAAAGAUGCUAAUGAGUGGUGAUGUCACUCUGCUGCCGGGCAACAACAGCAUUGUCUUCAGUGUACCAAGUCAGGAGCUGGGUACCUACACAUUGCGUCAGCUGUGUGCCACAGUGGGCCAGGUCCAGUUUGUCCUCCCUCACAUCUCUCCUCUGGUCCAGUAUGAGGUCUAUUCUCAGGAGCCCCAGCUCACUGUGGAGCCCCUCACAGACCAGCUGCUGGCAGGCCUCACCCAGAGGGCAAAGGUCAGGCUGCAGACAGGUCACUACACUGUGAAGAAGGGAGAUGCCCUGCAGCUCACUAACAUAGACAGCAUGCUCAUCCUCACCUCCUCCUCCUGCCCUGCUACCAUCCUCAACAGCACUGCAGAGCUUGUGGGUGAGAGUGUUCUGUUCAUCCAGUCGUCUGACAAAGUGACCUGUAUCUCUCUACCUCCCACCCCUCCCUAUCACACCCUGGAGUUUCAGCUGGAGGUACUGUGUGUCAUCCCUUCUGACCCAGUCCGGCCCGAGAACCAGAGACUCACAAACGGAGAGAUACGCCACCGGCCCCGGAGCUACAGCCACCCCGAUAACCACAUGACCGCCAUCAACCAGAGGAUGUCUAUAGACUGUCCCUGGUCCAUCUACUCCACUCCAAUAUCACUCACCUUCUACAUCCCCUUUAAGGCCAAGCACUCACUACUAUCAGCAGGGAAUAGGAAGUACAUCCAGGUGUGUCUGCAGAACGUGUCAGAUGUGACCUUUCACCUGAUGGACCAGAGGCUAACAGAUCAUGAGUCCUCUCUGGAGCUGCAGUCCCUCAACACUAAAGCACAACAGUUGGUGUGCAGUAAGCAGAGUGUGUACUGCGUAUGGAAUGUGAGGUGGAAGGAAAACAUGCCACUCUGUCUACAGUGUGUGUUCUCUGCCAGCUUCUCUUCUGCUUCUGAGGAAGUCUCAGCCUUCAAACCCUACCACUACGAGUUUCAACUGGAGAGAGUGACAACACUGUACAGUGUGAGGGCAGAGAUCAUGCCUGCAGCUGGUCAACAAAACUGUCAUUCUGGCUCCCUCUGUGGGCUGGAGAUGUCCAUCACACGACUGGCUGAACCUGAGGAUGAUGGAGGGACAGAGGAGAAAGGGCAGACAGAGACAGAGGAGGUCUGCUCCACCAAGCUCAUGUAUGAAGUGGCAGACAGCAGCAGUAGCUGGGUGGUGUAUGGCAGAAGCUCAGGGCUGGUGUCCAUGCCAGCGGAUGCUAAUGCCAACUACAAGGUACAGGUUGAGUUGAUGCCCCUGUUUGCUGGCCACCUGCCAUUCCCUGACAUCAAGGUGUUUAAGUACCUACCUCCAAGUGCCAACUCUGCCAGCCAACCUGAUACAGACGGCUGUGUAGAAAACGACACCCUCUCCCUGCUGGACCGGCCUCUGGACGACCAGGGGGACACGGCCAGCAUCCGUAGCCAGGGAAGUGUCCACUCUGUGGGCAGCGGGGAGCACCAGUCCAGGGUUCUCCCCAUGCCUCGCCUGGAGCCCUUCAGCCCGGGACAGGUGUUCAACCACAGCCAGGGAUGCCAGGUCCUGGUGCUGCCCUCUACGGAUGACCACGUUCUGGAGAUCAACGCUACGUGACCCUGGUGGUUGGUCAACACCCAUCACCAUCACUUCUUGCCCCAGACCUCCUGUGGGGCUCCGCUGUUCUGGAGCUCUAAGUUUGGUUGGGACCCAAAAGUAGCUGUUCUAAGACCAGACUAUGGACUCUGACUGUGGGCUCUGCUAGCUGGACUAGCCCCCCGAGCCUGGAGCGGACACAGUCACAUCAGUAGAGCCCUGAUGAACUAGACACACCACAACUUGCUGAUGUCUGGACAUAUGUUUUCCAUCUCCCCCAUUCUCCUCUUCUUCAGACUGUGUUUUGACUCAGUGAAUAGAUCUGUCUGACUACUGGGUCGUCUUCCCCAUCCUCCUCUUCUUCAGACUGUGUUUUGACUCAGUGAAUAGAUCUGUCUGACUACUGGGUCGUCUUCCCCCAUCCUCCUCUUCUUCAGACUGUGUUUUGACUCAGUGAAUAGAUCUGUCUAACUACUGGGUCAUCUUCCCCCACCCUCCUCUUCUUCAGACUGUUUUGACUCAGUGAAUAGAUCUGUCUGACUACUGGGUCGUCUUCCCCCAUCCUCCUCUUCUUCAGACUGUGUUUUGACUCCGUGAAUAGAUCUGUCUGACUACUGGGUCGUCUUCCCCCAUCCUCCUCUUCUUCAGACUGUGUUUUGGCUCAGUGAAUAGAUCUGUCUGACUACUGGGUCGUCUUCCCCCAUCCUCCUCUUCUUCAGACUGUGUUUUGGCUCAGUGAAUAGAUCUGUCUGACUACUGGGUCGUCUUCCCCCAUCCUCCUCUUCUUCAGACUGUGUUUUGGCUCAGUGAAUAGAUCUGUCUGACUACUGGGUCGUCUUCCCCCAUCCUCCUCUUCUUCAGACUGUGUUUUGGCUCAGUGAAUAGAUCUGUCUGACUACUGGGUCGUCUUCCCCCAUCCUCCUCUUCUUCAGACUGUGUUUUGGCUCAGUGAAUAGAUCUGUCUGACUACUGGGUCGUCUUCCCCCAUCCUCCUCUUCUUCAGACUGUGUUUUGGCUCAGUGAAUAGAUCUGUCUGACUACUGGGUCGUCUUCCCCCAUCCUCCUCUUCUUCAGACUGUGUUUUGGCUCAGUGAAUAGAUCUGUCUGACUACUGGGUCUCAGAAAAGGGAGAGGACACACAUUGUCAAACCCUGUUGACAUACAAGGCAAUCUUGUCCUCCCUCAAACUUCUGUAUUAAACUCAAAUGCAACAAAGCCCUGAGUAUAGUAACGUGUGUGUGACUGUGUGUGACUGUGUGUGACUGUGUGUGACUGUGUGUGACUGUGUGUGACUGUGGUAUGCUCACAAACUGAUGGAAAUUGUGUGUCCCACAAAGUUGUAUGUCUCAGCUAUGUACACAUUCCUGUCUCCUUCUGGCCUUUCACCAUUCUCACCAAACCCACAGUCCACAACUAACAUUGUAGUUACACUGCCCUCAUCUGACCACUGUACAUACUGUUAUGUACAUAAAUGUACAAAAGCUGAAGAACAGACGCACAUCCAGGUACUUUCCACAGGUGCUGGAGUUGUAGACAAAACUCAUGGAAAACAGAAAGGAAAACGCUGCACACUGCUGCACAUGCUGCCAGGUGAUAUUUAUUUAUAACAACGUUUUGACCCUAAGGUCUUCAUCAGGCAUCCAUAUCCCAGGUGGGGGUGGAAGAUCAUUUUUAUAUAUAU